AUGAGUGCGGCCACCCACGCUGCACCAGCCCCUGGAGCAGCCACAGCCGCCCCAGCAGCAGCCCCUGGAGGAGCCGCCGUAGCAGCAGCAGCAGCUCCAGGAGCAGCCGCCCCAGCAGCAGCCCCUGGAGGAGCCGCCGCAGCAGCAACAGCAGCCCCAGCAGCAGCAGCCACUGGAGCAGCCGCACCAGCAGGAGCCGCCCCAGCAGCAGCAGCCCCGGGAGCAGCCGCCCCAGCAGCAGCAGCCCCGGGAAGUGCCGCCCCAGCAGCAGCUGCCUCUGAAGCGGCCACCCCAGCAGCAGCCACUGGAGCAGCCGCACCAGCAGGAGCCGCCCCAGCAGCAGCAGCCCCGGGAGCUGCCGCCCCAGCAGCAGCUGCCUCUGAAGCGGCCACCCCAGCAGCAGCAACCCCUGGAGCCGCUGCUACUGCAGCAGCCGCCCCAGCAGCAGAAGACCCUGGAGCCGCCCCAGCAGCAGCAGCCCCGGGAGCAGCCGCCCCAGCAGCAGCUGCCUCUGGAGCGGCCACCCCAGCAGCAGCAGCAGCAGCAGCAGCCGCCCCAGCAGCAGCCGCCCCUGGCCCCUGCAGCAGCCGCUCAUGGACCAGGUGCAGCCGUGGGGGGUGA